AUGUCGUGCCCAGAAGAGGUGGUUGCCUUGGCAGACGAGGAGCUGCUCAGCUUCCUCCUGGCAGAUGAUGCUCCCUGUGCAGAGUUCUCGGGGGACAACGCCAACCUGCUGGGAGACUGGGGUCUGCUGGAGCCCGAGCUCCUGAAUGACAAGGAGGUGGAGGACUUUCUCAGCUCCCUGCUGAGCCCCUUUGUAGAGGGGCCGAGUGCCUUGCAGGGUCACUCGCCUCUCGACAGCGAUAGCGGCAUCUCCGAGGACCAGAAUCCCUUCCCCAGCCCCAGCAGCUGGGAUGCGUCUCCGGCCAGGGACCUCGCCUCCAGCCCUUUGAGCUCUGACAUCGUGCAGGUCGAACACAGCUACUCCCUCCAUCAGGACAGGGCGGCGCUGGAGAGCGUGAGAGCUGAGACCGCAGAAGGAGACAUCUCCAUUGACCUGGAUAUGUGGGGGGACUCGGGAAGUGCAGAGGAGACGCUGAUCGACGAGCAGAGUUCCAGCUUCCCGCUUGCUGUGCCCAUGGAUGACUUCAUGCCUGGGACCCCCAUACAGUUCGAUUUCCCGGAACUGAUCCUGACAGAAGAGGAGAAACAGCUUCUGGAAAGAGAGGGUGUCUCCUUGCCGUCCCACCUGCCCCUGACCAAGGCUGAGGAGCGGCUCCUGAAGAGAAUCCGUCGCAAGAUCCGGAACAAGCAGUCGGCCCUGGACAGUCGGCGCAGGAAGAAAGUCUAUGUGGAUGGCUUGGAGAGCAGGGUCGUCACCUGCACGGCGCAGAACCACGAGCUGCAGAAGAAGGUGCAGCUGCUGCAGAAGGAGAACAUGUCAUUGCUCGAGCAGCUACGGAGGCUCCAGGCCCUGGUGAGACAGUCCUCGACCAAAACUACCACCGCCAGCACCUGCGUCAUGGUCCUGCUCCUGUCCUUCUGCCUCAUUCUCUCGCCCAGUCUCUACCCGCUGGGAGCCAGAGUGCAGCAGGAGGGGUUCCGAGGAGUGCUGUCUCGGCAGAUCCGUGAGUACCCGAAUGAUGCGGCCCAGUUUCAGGCAGCAGCUGCCCAGCAGGCGGAGGGGCCUGAAACACAGAGGGAGCACAUAAUGGAGGGACUGGCUCUGGAAUCUGAGACGGCCCUGCUGACGGGCAGCCUCAAUCACUCCCGGGACGGGGGACAGAGCCCACCCAAAGCGGAGCAUGGCUCUGCCAUCAACAGCAACUCCUCCUCCGACCCUCCGCCAGGAGCCAGCUCUGAGCUGGGUCCCCCCCAGCAGCAGCCGGAGCAGCUUCCCGGGAAGGGCCCCUUGCACUCUGCGGAGCCGGCAGCCUGGGGGACUAAGAAGCAGGAGUGGGUGGAGCGCACCACCAGCGUCGUGAUCCAGCAGCACCGUGCAGAUGAGAUGUGAGCGCCGGGCGCCUCGCGCUGCCUGGCUGUGAAUGUGCUGGGAUCUGGGGCUCUGCCCACAGGAACAGCCAGGACAGCUCUGACUGAUCCUUAUCGACACAAAUGCUUCUAAACGCCCCUGAGCAGGUUCUGUCUCCCAACCCACCACACCUGAACUGGGGGUCAACUGGGCUCAGGGGUAGCUGCAGCGUGGAGGUGGGCACAGCAUGGAGAGUUGGUGCCAUGCAAUCCCUUCCCUCUCCAGCUCAAGCGCCUGCGUUAUUUAGUUCCCUGCAGCUGGACUGAGUGGGAAAACACUUUGAUUGGGCUGGGCCCCUGGGUCCGGGUGCCCUUAGCAAGUCCCGCAGCUCCAAGCGACCUGUCCCUUCCAGCAACACAAUGAUUCCCCAUCCCUCAGCGGGGCACGCCAAGCCCCUGUGCCCCGGGCUGCCGGCUGGAUGUGGUUCUGCCAAGGGACAGCUCUAAACGUCUCUCAUCGACUUCCCUGCUGCAGAGCCCCAGCUGCUGGGCUUGGCGAGGCUGGGGGCAGCUGCAGGCAGAGGGUCCCUGCCCCGUGCUAUCUGCUGCCUUCCUGCUGGCCAAGGGGUUGCUGAUCAUGAUCCCACGGAGGGGAGGGUGCUGCACUGCUGUAGGGGUGGAGGUGCAGAGCCCCCUGCGGGGUAGCCUCUGUAACAGGGCUGGUGGGGCUUGGGGCCCAUGGCAAUGGGGAGGGCCAGGUCAGCUGGGCCUCCUCUGUAAGUUGACCUCUGGCCUGCAGUCCUGGGCAGGGGCCGGUGUAACGCGGCUGAGCCAUGGGAUGAGGACUGCCAGCUGAGCCAGCAACAGCCAGGGUCUCCCUCCCACCCGGCCCCUAACUGCUACAGUAAUGGCUCUAUUAUAAUCAAGUGUAAAUAAAAUGGAUCCUCUGCUGGGCUGUC